GUGUCCCUUUUGAGUCAUCAACAUGAGAAUGCCUUUUAAAGGAUAUGAAUUGGUCCUUUUCUUUGUUCUAGCUGUGGUGCUGUUACCAGGUGCCUAUGCUCCUGAUUAUCCGACCUUCUUGAGACAGCAUUAUGAUAAUCCAAAGAGCAACGUUGGAAACCGCUACUGUGACACCAUGAUGCAAAGACGGGGGAUGACCAGGCCAGUCUGCAAGGACAAAAAUUCCUUCAUUCAUGGCACUAAGAAAAACAUCAAUAAAGUGUGUGGUUCCGGAGGUGUGCCUUAUGGUAAUGGGCUUCGGCGUAGCCGUAACCGAUUUUCGGUCACUACCUGCAAGCACAGAGGGGGCUCCAACCGUCCACCUUGUAGAUACAGUGAAAACACUUCAUCAAGAUUGAUUGUUGUGCGUUGUGCAGGUGGAAGACCUGUGCACUUUGAUGAGAGCCAGAUUUGAAGCAGCUGACUCAAGGGCUCAGCUUAUUAGGACAGCCCCUUGCUUUCCCACUGAAUAAGGAAACCCCUAGUUAGUCCUUAUGGUUUUCUGCAGAUUUGCAGUUAUUAUUUUCUUCUUCUGCAUUUGUUGAAUAGCCUUGCAAUUUUCUUAGACUAAAAGAAAAUUAAAAAAUCAAGCACAACCAAAUGCACCAUUUAAGCUUGCAAUAUAUACCCUAAUGCUGUGUGAUUCAAGGAAAUUCAAAUAAAUAAAUGUUGCAUAAGA